GUUUUUUGCCGGACAUUAGUAUUGAAUAUAUGAAUUGUUUUGGAAAUUAAAUGUUAAGUUAACUGUAAAUAUGUGUUUAGUUUUAUGUCCAUAAAAAUGAUUGACUCUAUUGUGACAAUUGAUGGACACAUUAGUCAUUGACCACACAAUCUAAUUGUAUGAUUGAAUAACAUAUACUUUAAGUCAUAGUUUUUCCAAAACUUUUUUCUAUUUGUUUUCAAAACGUUUUGUCUUUUUUAGUGUUUUUGUGAAAAACUAUUUUUAGUUAAUUUAUUAAAUUAUAUUCAUUAUUGAGUCAAUUGAAUGACUCAAUCAAUGAUUUCUAUAGAUUUUUAUUAAAAGUGAUAACAAAUUUAUUUUAUAUGCAAUUAAAUUGUAUUUUAUUUUUUUCAAAUAUUAUUUAUAACAUUAUUACAAGUUAUUAUUGUCUUAACAUUUUGUACUAACAAUUUGUGGUCAAAAACACUACUGAAGACAAUGGCAUUACUCGAUAGUAUCACUCAAUUGAACCAAUGGUUAGAUGUUUGGCAUAAAGACUGCCGAACUUCCGAUCAAGUGGUCAAUUGUCUCAAUAAGAUUGCAGAGUUGGUCGAGAAGGAGACGGAGGCGUUUGUGAAGAUGGAUCCGGACCCGUUUGAUAACAGACAUCCCAGCAGAGCUAGACCUGACUGCUCACUUGGUCUCGUAUUGAAGACAUUGUUCAGAAACGACGACUUCAUGACUAAAUUAGUCAAUGAUUAUGUGAUGCAUAGGGACGACACUAACUUACAGAUAGCCGCCUGUCGUUUAAUGUUAGAUAUAUUGCCCGGUUUAGAGACUUCGGUUGUCUUCAAUGAAACGGAUGGUUUAGUGCAGAGGCUCUUUCAAUGGGCUGAAAGCGCGUCCGAUCCGUUACAGUCAUACUCUACGGGCCUAUUGGCCGCAGCUAUGGAAGUACAAGACAUCGCUACCAAUUCUAAAGACCAAAAUGCAAGACUCUUACCAAUUAUGUUAAAAAGAUUGAAAGAGUUGCGCAACAAAAAUGUUGAAACCAAUGAAAACCAUUUAACUGAUCGACCGUUCAAUCAUUUAAACAAAAAUAGUUUGAGUCCAACUAAAACAAUAACUAAAUCAAGAACUGAUUUAACAGACAUUCCCACAGAAUCUUUAAAUAAAACCCCCGGUAAGCGAACUCUUCAAUCGAGUUCACCGGAUCUCAACAAAAGGCGUCGACUAUCGAGUCCUACUAAUUUCUCAGCCCUUUCGCCGUCCACUUAUAACAGCGAGUGUUCAAACAGCAGUUGGGCUGAAGUCGAGCCAUUUAUGAUCGGCUCAUCCAAAGUCUAUCCUUUGACUGAAGAAAUGAAACAACGAUUUAUUUUGCAAUACUUGACACCAAUGGGUGACUAUCAAGAGAUGCUUUGUUUUGUUUUUGAACACAACGCUCUCUCAUUGAUUAUGCAUUACAUUGAUUUACCGAAAAACAAAGAUAUCAGACUUGCUUUUGAUGCACUCAAGUAUUUGGCAUCACUUUUAUGUCAUAAGAAGUUUGCGUUAGAAUUUCUAAAUGCCGGUGGAUUACAACAAUUGUUGCAAAUAUAUCGGCCAUCAGUGGCAGCCACUGGUGUUUCAAUUUGCUUAUAUUAUUUAGCUUAUAAUGAAGAUGCCAUGGAAAAGAUAUGUCUUUUACCGAAACACGUUCUCAACGAUUUAGUGGCCUAUGCUUUAUGGCUAUUGGAGUGUUCACACGAUUCCAGUCGAUGUCACGCAACGAUGUUUUUUAGUCUUAGUUUUUCAUUUAGAUUGAUAUUAGAGUUAUUCGAUAGUCAGGACGGACUCAGAAAAUUAUUAAAUGUGAUAUUUUUGUUGGACAUAUUUUCUGAUGAAACCGAAUAUACCGAAGACGAGUUGUUUACACAACGACAAAACGCACGAACCGUUUGUGUGGCUCUUAAGCGUUACUUUGAAGCCCACCUUCUGGUCGAGGCUGAAGUACUUCGUCGGUCGUCUUCUUAUUCGAGCUUUGAAUCGGGCAGUGCUAAGGACUCGGUCAGCGCUAAUGUACCGCUUUAUAAGUCAACCCGUUAUAGCUAUGAUGUUAUUAUGGAAAGAGUGGAAACACUACUUGAAUUGAUGCCAAUCAGAAUCAAUUGGAAACCAGUCGAUGAACUGAUCAAAUUAAGUGGAGUUAAACUAUUGAUACAACUGAUUGCUGUAUCAUUUGAUUGGAAUUUUACCGGAAAGGCUGAAGCAGUCAGGAGUGCAUUGGAUGUACUCGUGGUUUGUAGUGUUACACCAAAGUUUCAAAGUGUACUUUGCGAUGCUGUCCAGGUUGGGGAUGAAAAUCAAAGCACUGUUGGUAUUAGAAUUAUAUUAGCAGCCGCUGAGGGAGAAAUAGUUGCCGAUCCAGACUGUCAACGAUCGGCACUAAAUGUUAUUAUAAACUGUGUUUGUGGACCAUUACAUCGUAUUGGAGGAUCAAUUGCCAAACUUUCUGGUGGAAGUGCUAAGAAAAGGUUAAUUCGUAGCGGAGAAGAUUUAUUAACCAAAAUGUGGAAUUGUGUCCGAAGUAAUAAUGGAAUUAUGAUUUGUCUUAACCUAUUAAUGGUUAAGACACCCAUAACCGAUGCCGACUCUAUUCGGGCGCUUAGUUGUAAAGCGUUGUGUGGUUUAGCCCGAAGUGAGACUGUGAGACAAAUAGUGUCAAAAUUACCACUUUUUACAAACGGACAAAUCCAGGGACUUAUGAAAGAACCUAUUCUUCAAGAUAAGAGAACAGAACACAUAAAGUUCUGUAAAUACUGUAUUGAACUGAUUGAAAGAGUUACCGGCGCUCCCGUUGCUACUAAUCUUGAAACUAGUAUUGCAAACAUCAAUAAAGCUGAAGUUGUCGCUCAAACGAGAAUUGAAUUUAACGAAAAAGAAUUAUUGCAACUGAUUUAUCAUCACUUAACCAAAAAAGGUUUAUCAAAAACAGCACAAUUGCUUCACACCGAAGCAGAUCUUCCGAAAAUUAAUACUAAUAAGAAUACAUUGUGGCCGACAACACCUUUGUCUCACAAUCGAGUUUCUCGUCCCAUAUCGACUGCACCACUUCCCAGUACAUUAACCAACAACACACCAAUCAAUUCACAAACUAAUAAUAAUAACAACUCUUUGACUCCAAAUCGAUGUGUUACUCCAGUAAUGACAAACUUGUUGUCAUCUACUUCUAGUCCAAAUUGUCAAUCUUCUAGUGUACCAAUUCGUAUACAUCGUCAGAUUUCAAGUAAAAACAGUAUCAAACCAUUAAGUGUGAGAAAACUGCAGCCAACAGCUCACCCAUCGUCACCACUAAUGAAAAGAUUAACCGAACAGUCGAGUCAAUCUCAGCCACAGUCUUCCAUAUCAUUAGAUUCUAUUGUAACUGAAUAUCUUCGUAAACAACACGCUCUCUGCAAGAAUCCGGUGGUCACGUGUCCACCAUUUGAGUUGUUUACUCCACAUCGAUGUCCAGAACCAUUGAAUAGGAAUUUAGCGCCAAUUAAUAUUACAACAAGACUUCAAAGGAGAGGUGUAUUUCCUCGUUUUGGUGGUUUAAAUGGCUCUAAAAUGGAUCGCCGAUUCAUUUAUAGCCGAUUUCGACCCAUUCGUUCGUAUAGAGAUCCAGAAUCUAGCAGUAGUUUCUCAAGUUGUGCUUUUUCUUUUGUCGACCAGUUCUUGUUUUUGGGAACACUCGGUGGAGAAUUAGCCGCUUUUAAUCUACAUUCGGGAACUCUCGAAGCCACUUAUAAUUGCCACGAGUCGGAAAUAACUCAUAUUGAACCCUCACGAGACGGAAAACUAAUACUCACAUCAUCUCUAUGGCGACAACCACUGUCCGCUUUAUGGACAUUCACUGAUGUCUUUGAAAUGAAACUUCCAUUUCGUGACGACUAUUAUGUAGAGUUUGGAAAACAAAGUCAGGACAAAGUGUUGGGAACCAAGGAUUUUGCAGCUCAUUUAUAUGAUCUUACAUCUGGUAAAUUGGUUCACACAUAUCAAGACGAGAAUCUAUCAAAUCGUUACGUCAAAAAUAGAGCCACUUUUCAUCCAUCAGAUGAUCUCAUACUCAAUGAUGGAGUUCUUUGGGAUACACGCCGUGCAACACCUGUCCAUAAGUUUGAUAAAUUUAAUCAACACAUUAACGGUGUGUUUCAUCCAAAUGGUCAGGAAAUCAUCUCAAACUCUGAAAUCUGGGACAUAAAGACAUUCCAUUUAUUGAAGACAGUGCCCGCAUUGGAUCAGUGUCGAAUAAAGUUUAACAACAUUGGAGAUGUCAUAUAUGGAGCUGUUUUUGAAGAGGAAACCUCUGAAGAAGAGGAUUCAUCAAAAAGUCCUUUUGGUUUAUCUUUUCGUACAUUUGAUGCAUACGAUUAUUCGAGUAUUGCCACCAUUGAUAUCAAACGCAGUAUCUAUGACUUAGCUGUCGAUGCGGGCGAUUGUUACAUAGCAUUGGUUGAGAAUCAGAACAAUCGAGACUCGUUUGCCAAUGAAUCAGUUGCCCGACUCUUCGAAAUCGGAAGAUCUAAAGAGGAAGACGACGAAGAAGAUGAUGAAGAAGACGACGACGACGAGAAUGAUGUGGCCGAUGAAGAUACUGAUGACGAUAACAUUGAUAACACAGAAGAAUUUGAUUUAGACAACGGAGAAGAGUCAGGCGAUGAUGAUAGCGAUGGCGAACAUAGCAAUGAAGACUCGGAUGAAUCGGACGGUUUGGACGAUGAGUUGCUUUUGCUGUCCGAUCAUUCAAGUGAUCAUUCGAGUGACGACGAAAUUGUUUACCAAUUAAAUAAUUAAUUUGAUUAAUUCAUUACAUUAUUUUUUAAUUACCGGCAAUACAGUAA